GAGCUUCGUCCGUUGCAUUCGCGCGUCGCUCGCCGGCGAAGCAGGUUGUUUGUGGCUAUUUUGUUUGUGUUUUAAAAAAAAAUGGAGUUUUUCAAAUUAGUGCUGUUUUCUAUCUGCUUUAAUUGCGUUUUAUGUGAGGUCCAAUACAAAGCCGCUGUAGCCGAGGUGAACACGGGUGAUGGGGGCGUUCAUAAAUACGAGGCUAUGAUUCAGAGAGCCGCUAAAGACAAUGUCGACAUGUUAUUUCUGUCAAGCUCACCGAAGCAGGGAGUUGAUACGCUCACGACCUGUACGAACAGCUACGAUGAGUUGUUGAACUCCCUGUCGCCAUCAGUCAGGGCUGCCGGUGUGUACGUGGUGCUUCAGCUCUCUCUGACCAGCCGGUGUCAGUAUGAGCAGCAUGCGUCCUAUGAAUAUGUAGUACUGGAUAGAGACGGCGCUGUUGUUGCUGUUUACAGGGAGCCGGCUCAUAUCGAUGCUAAAGCCAACGCCAGCGACACUAAGAUGAUCAAAUUCACAACCGAUUUUGAUGUAACUUUCGCCAUCGUCAAAGAGGAGGACAUAUUUUUAAACGGAAUUGAUUAUUUCGAUGGAAUAAAGAAUUUCAUUGUAACCAGGUCUCAAGACAAUAUUCCUUUCUUGAUAGCCGAACAGCUCACAUCAUACUGGUCUUAUAUUAAUGAAGCAAAUGUAAUUUCACCAUAUGGAAUAUUCGGAGGAAAAAUUAAUAUAAAUAAUAAUAUAAAGGUGGCCGAAUUGAAGAAAUAUGGAGGUUCGUCACCUUCAAUCACCAUAUCAGAAUUCAAUCAUGAUAAUUCUAAGCCGAUGGAUAUUGAAGCCAGCGCCGAGGGCUACACUGAUGUCGUCUGUGACGGAGAAUUCUGCUGCAAUUUUCAUAUUAAAACUUCUAAUUAUGAACCCGAAGCCAAAUAUUAUCUCUCAGCAUCAGAAGUUGUAGUACAGAUUAAGAAAAAUAUGAUAAAUUUACAGACUUGUGCUAUUGGAUCUAGAAGCAACGAUGUUGUCAAGUUCGACAAGAUCUCCGUAACGGGUAAUUUCACGGACUCCACACUCUACCCGAUAGCGUCUAGCGGACAGGUUGUUCAUAAAAUAAAUAUACACAACAGAACGACCGUUGACAUAUCUGAUAGUUACGUGGAAACAUUUGGAGUGCUGGGUAAGGUCAGUGAAGGAGACGCCGGCGCGGGGUGCGAGCACAUAUCUUAUGAAAAUGUACAGGAAUUCUUCGACUACGUGUGGUUUAGAUUUAAAGUUUUACUGUUUAUUGUGUCUAUAUAUGUGUUAGAAAUGAUAUGAACUUUUGGGUCACAGAUAAUAAAUGUCAUAUUAAUUCACAGAUUAUAAAUUAAACUAAAUUGAGUCUGAUGUUCAAUAUUUUGUGUGUUUGAAUUGAUUUUAUAUGUAUAUAUAUAAGUGUAUGUGUACGUGAAAUUAAUAAUAUUUUAUAAUUUUUUUAUAUAAUAUGCAUGUAAUUUUUAUAUUAUGUUCUAUUAAGUUUUAUAUAAUUUUAAUUACUUUGGCUGUUAGAACUUAAGUCAGUGUAUUUCAAAGCAUGUUAUAACAAUAGUGCCUUUAAAUGUAAGUUUUUGUAAUGUUAUUUAGUAUUGUAGUAUAGCGUAUUUUGUCUAAACCUUUUACUUAAUAAGAAACUUAUCGAUGAAUCGUGAUAAGCUAUCGAUAAGUCACAUCACUAAAACCUGGAGAAAAAUUUUGUACAGUCGACUGAACUCUGUGAUAUUAGUGUUAUGUUGUAAUAAAUGAUUUUUUAUGCUA